CCCAUACAUGCGCGCUCCCGUGCUAUGUAGAGGCGAAUGCGGCGCUGCAAGGAGGCAGACCCCGAGACUCGAGCCCCUCUUUUCAACACGAAAAUAACAUUCAUUUCCUUCCCUACACGCGUCUUCCGAGAAUAAACAUUCAGCGCGGACGCUGUAUGAUGCAGUGACCGUCUGGUCUGUAGAUGCCUGCAGGCUGUCAAUGCGUGGUGUUCCAGGAGCCAGUCUUUUAAGCAGACUUGUUUUGGUGUGAGCUGCUGACGACCCUGCAAGCCGGACCCUUCAUCCUAUAUCUGUUCUCCUGCCAGGGAGACAGCAGUUGCUGCACGAGGUUCACCUGACCCCCGCCCUAUCCCCGCUUUCACCAUGGUGCUGUCACAGAGGCAACGUGACGAGCUAAACCGAGCGAUAGCUGAUUAUCUUCGUUCCAAUGGAUUUGAAGAGGCAUAUUCAGUUUUCAAAAAGGAGUCGGAAUUAGACAUGAAUGAGGAAUUGGAUAAGAAAUAUGCAGGCCUUUUGGAAAAGAAAUGGACUUCAGUCAUCAGAUUGCAGAAAAAGGUGAUGGAAUUAGAAUCAAAACUGAAUGAGGCGAAAGAGGAGAUCACUUUAGGGGGGCCAAUUGCACAGAAGCGAGACCCCAAAGAAUGGAUCCCUCGUCCUCCUGAGAGAUACGCCCUGAGUGGCCACAGGAGUCCUGUCACCAGAGUCAUUUUCCAUCCUGUCUUCAGUGUCAUAGUUUCUGCCUCAGAGGAUGCAACAAUAAAGGUAUGGGACUAUGAAACAGGAGAUUUUGAGCGCACUCUUAAGGGCCACACAGACUCUGUGCAGGACAUCUCUUUUGACCAUACUGGAAAGCUGCUAGCCUCCUGUUCAGCAGACAUGACCAUUAAGCUGUGGGAUUUCCAGGGUUUCGAGUGCAUCAGGACCAUGCAUGGACAUGACCAUAAUGUUUCAUCCGUAGCUAUUAUGCCCAAUGGUGAUCAUAUAGUUUCUGCCUCAAGGGAUAAAACCAUUAAAAUGUGGGAGGUGGCCACUGGGUACUGCGUGAAGACAUUCACUGGCCACAGAGAAUGGGUACGCAUGGUGCGGCCCAACCAGGACGGGACCCUGAUCGCCAGUAGUUCUAAUGACCAGACGGUACGUGUUUGGGUGGUCGCAUCAAAAGAAUGCAAGGCCGAGCUACGGGAGCACGAGCAUGUGGUGGAGUGCAUUUCAUGGGCCCCUGAAAGUGCCCAUCCCACUAUCCUGGAGGCCACUGGCUCUGAGACCAAGAAGAGUGGGAAACCUGGACCUUUCCUGCUGUCUGGAUCUAGAGACAAAACUAUCAAGAUGUGGGAUGUGAGCACUGGCAUGUGCCUUAUGACCCUGGUCGGCCACGAUAAUUGGGUGCGCGGGGUACUUGUGCACCCUGGAGGGAAGUUUAUUAUGAGCUGUGCUGAUGACAAAACUUUGAGGAUCUGGGACUACAAAAACAAACGCUGCAUGAAGACCUUGAGUGCCCAUGAACAUUUUGUAACCUCUCUGGAUUUCCACAAGUCUGCUCCGUACGUCAUCACCGGAAGCGUAGAUCAAACAGUAAAAGUGUGGGAGUGUCGCUGAUCGACCCUACACAACACAUCCACGUUCCCCACCACCCCCAAUCCAUUCCACCCCCCUCAGCUUCCUCCUGCUCUUCUGGAUGCGCUCAGUUACCACGGUUAUCACCAUCCGAGCUCUGGUUCAACAAUGUGUCCUUUUAUGUAAAUUAUUCUGGAUGUAGAUCGAGCUAUUAAAUGAAAAAAGUAUUCUUGCAUGGUGAAUUCAAAACUGUAUACUGUAAAUUUACAUAAUGUUGUCUAGAAGAACCAUAGGUUUAACAUGGGCUGAUCUUUCACUCAGCCUGGCCUAUCGAAGGCAGAAGCUGACUGGGUUAAUGUAGGGCACUAAACCGAUAAUUUAAUGACAGUGUCAUUUAUUAUUUGUCUGAUUUAUUUUUUGUCUAUUUUUUUAUUUAGUUAUAUAUAUAUAUUUUCCUUCCACUGUCUUAGUCUGUUUGUGCCUAGCUUUUGAGGGGCAAAGACUACAGAGAGAACCCAUAAUGUAGAGGUGCAGAGUUUGCUUUGUCUAUGGGGCGUGUUAUAUCUGUAGCUUUGUUACAUCACUUCUGGAGUGUACUUACCAUUCUCUUAUUGUGGAUUUAGAUAACAUUUAAUGGUCACAUCUAAGAACGUUUCAAAUGUUUUGUCUAGAAACUUUUGGGAAUAAAUCUUUGUACGCUUGUCAUGGCACGUCCUACUGAGAAGUACAAUCCCAGAGACAUGACUUUACACUGUAAGAGAGGAUUAUGCUUAGCGAUUGGAGUAAAUUUGUAUGCAACUCCUGCAUAAAAAAAGCCAUUCUGCGUAGUGGGCAGCAAAGGUUCUCCUUUUUUGCCCUGAAUCAGAGGUGAUCAUAGCUUUAGUAAAGAGUUUGAUUUUGACCUUGAUGGUUGUCUGUCACUCAGGAGCACUUCAAACUAUAAAGCACCGGUAACGUUGCCUCAGCGGAGCACUUGAUUUGGCCCUUGACAUUUGUUGUUUAAAGUACAGCUCCAAUGAGCAUGGUUGUCAUUUUUUAUCCAGGUAAAGAUGAUACUUCUUUGAGUUGAUCUUGAUUUGUAUUUGAUUGUGUCAUGUUAGCUGGGCGUUUCAUUCAUGUUGCCCCUAUGGCAGUUGUGCUACGACUGAAGUACAGAAAAGACAUUUUAGACUAAAAUCAGAAACCCUCAGUUUGGACCUAAGAUAUGAAGCAUGACAAGGGCUCAAAGUUUCUCUUUUUAGGGGAUGUGCAAAAAAAAGAGAUUUCCAUGGUGAAUAAUGGAAACUUCUGGGGUUAGGAUGAAAUAUAAACUACGAUACUGUGGGGAGCUCAAUCAUAUAAACCAACAAAUUAAUGUGGAGCUUGAGACGAUGAAAUGCCAGCCUGACCUCUGCUUUGUGGAGAAGGCCCUUAUAAAAUGAUCUUCAUACUUCGGGUCAUAGAAAAAGCUCUUAGUAUAUGUCAGGUUCUUGAAGAGUUGGUAGCUGGAGAUCCUUUGAAUAUCCCAAACACCACAGGUGCUCAAGCAUUUACUGGCGUCUGAUAAGUGGCAUAUUCUCUAGUCAUCGGUUAAUAAAUGUGCAAAUAAAUACACAAUGGAAAAUUAUUUGAUAAGACCUAAACAUGGAGAUGAAUCAUUCCAUAUCUUAAGGAAAAAAACUUGCCUUUGAAAUUGUGGUGUGACAAAAGAAUGGAGUUAACUUGCACAUCCCAGCUGUAUAUAGAUCUUUGGUCCCAUCAGACUGAAGUUCUAAGCGAUGUAAGACUUGUUAAAAAAAUGCAUAAACAGAUAUCAUUUUAAUUAGCCUUUUCAUUCCAAUGCAAUUAUAUAAUAAAGAAUUUCACUGCUUAACCGUGGUAUUAUCAAGCGAUUUCCUGUUGUGCGUGUACUGGAUUUACCUGUUGCUUCUGAAUAUCUGAUAGUGUCUAGUCUGAGGUCUGUCCCUGUUGACAUAGCACUGCUGCAUGUAAUAGUACUGAGGACUGAGCUGUCUGGUGGGUACGGUUUUCCAUGUUUCCUUCAGGCAAGUCAAAUAUUUUGAAAUCGACAACUGCAAAGAUGAGCAUCAUUGUCACUUGGGAUUUCAAAGGGGAUAAAGAUACAUCCGUUGCACCUUAAAUGUUAAAAUGAAGAAAGGUCACCCUACCAGAUAGGUCAGCCGGCAUGCUAACUGUGGACAGCUCAGUGUGUUUGUAUGAAGGAAGAUUAUGACUAUUUGUUUUGCUAUGGGAUUGUGGCAGACUGAGCAACGCAAGGGAGAAGUGCCGUCACAGCGAAACGCAUGUGAUGCCUCCUGUAAUUUCAUAAUUUGGAGAGGAUUUAUAUUGGUCCCUCAGUCACUGUGUUAUAAAGCUGUAAACUGUAUAAACCUAAACCAAAAAUGAUGCCAAAUCUCAAUAUUUGAUAUGCAAUCAUUUACAUAUUUCCACGGUUGAUUAUUCCCAUUAAAGGAAAUUCCCCAAAACACUACUCCCUUAAAAUGGGCAUUCUUCAAGACUUCCAGGGCCAAAGGUCUGACACCAUGGACUUCAUUCAGACUGGAGAAGCUUCUUUAAAACAGAUUAGUGUUUUUUUGUUUGACACGGAUAAAAAAGAACUGCAGAGGCUCAUCCUGUUUUCAUGUCUAGAGGAAAGAUUCCAGAUUCGCAGGUCCCAAGCAAUCCCACUGCUGCGCACACUUGAUGGGUUUAUAUACAGACAGACUUGAGAAUCUGUCUGCAGGUCCAUCGUUUAGCAACAGGUCAAUCUUCAGCUAUAACUUUGUGAAUAGAUAGGAGGCAAGACUUCACAGCUUGAUUUGGACUCUUUGCUUUUUAUGGUAUCACUGAUCACACAACCAAUUGUUAACAAUAUAUCUGGAUGUUAUUUGCAACAUAAUUAAAGAAAAAUAUGAAUGA